UACGGCACUUUGAUAGUGAAAUACUGAAAUCCAAUUUGCCAAUAAUGAAUAUCAUGUAAAAUGCGCGAUAAUUAGUAAAAAAGAUCGAACCUUUAUGGCGAAUUAUGGGUUUUGUAAAUGUUUAUACUACAUUUUCUUGAUUCUUCUUGCAACGGCGGAGUUGGUGGAGAUGGGUGCAGGAGAAGAGCUAAUACCCACCACCUUAGACGGCCCUUUCAAGCCUGUGAGUAGGAGGUUUGAUCCUUCAUUGCGUCAAGGCAGUGAUGACUUGCCCAUGGAGCAUCCCAGGCUCAAGAGGAAUGUGACCUCCAUGUUUCCUGAGCAGAUUGCCCUUGCAUUAUCCACCCCUACUUCUAUGUGGGUUUCUUGGGUCACUGGGGAAUAUCAGAUUGGAUUGAAUGUGACACCACUUGAUCCAACAAAAGUGGGCAGUGAGGUGUUGUAUGGCAAAGCAAGCAGGAAGUACACAAAGAAGAAAACUGGGGUUUCCAUGGUUUAUAGUCAGUUGUAUCCAUUUGAAGGUCUAUGGAAUUACACCUCUGGCAUUAUUCAUCAUGUUAGAAUUGAUGGUCUUGAACCUCAGACAAAGUACUACUACAAAUGUGGAGAUAGUUCUUUAGGGGAAAUGAGUGAGGAGCUUGUUUUUGAGACAUUGUCUUUGCCUGCACCUAACCAGUAUCCCCGUCGAAUAGCUGUGGUUGGAGAUUUAGGCCUCACGAGCAAUUCAACCACAACCAUUGAUCAUCUCAUUGUGAAUGAUCCCUCAAUGGUAUUGAUGGUUGGAGACUUGAGUUAUGCAAAUCAGUACCUUACAACUGGUGGAAAAGGGGCCUCUUGCUAUUCUUGUCAAUUUCCUGAUGCACCCAUCAGGGAGACAUAUCAGCCUCGUUGGGAUGGAUGGGGAAGGUUUAUGGAGCCCUUAACCUCAAGAGUUCCAAUGAUGGUCAUAGAAGGCAACCAUGAGAUUGAGCCCCAAGCGGAAGGAGUAACAUUCCAGUCAUAUUUGACAAGAUUUUAUGUUCCUUCAAAGGAAUCGGGAUCUACCAGUAACUUCUACUAUUCAUUUAAUGCCGGUGGAGUACAUUUCAUUAUGCUAGGCGCCUAUGUUGACUACAACAGAACUGGUGCUCAGUAUUCUUGGCUUCUCGAAGACUUGAAGAAAUUAGAUCGCAGCAUAACCCCGUGGCUAGUUGCUGCAUGGCAUUCUCCUUGGUAUAAUAGCUACUCAUCACACUAUCAGGAAUUUGAAUGCAUGAGGCUAGAAAUGGAAGAAGUCUUGUAUCAAUAUGGAGUUGACAUCAUCUUUUCCGGACAUGUUCAUGCAUAUGAGCGGAUGAAUCGUGUGUACAAUUAUACUCUGGAUCCUUGUGGGCCUGUGUACAUAAUAGUCGGGGAUGGUGGUAACAUUGAGAAAGUUGAUGUCGAUUUUGCAGAUGACCCCGGGAAGUGUCCAUCCCCGGGGGACAAUAAACCGGAAUUUGGAGGUGUAUGUCACAUGAACUUUUCCUCUGGUCCUGCCAAAGGAAAUUUUUGCUGGGACACACAACCAGAAUGGAGUGCAUAUAGAGAGAGCAGUUUUGGACAUGGAAUUCUUGAGGUUAUAAACUCCACUUAUGCCCUAUGGACUUGGCAUAGGAACCAGGAUAUUUACAAGAAAAACGCCCAUGGUGAUCAAAUAUACAUUGUACGCCAACCUGAAUCUUGCUCAGUUUCUUCUAAGGAUACUAAACUGGCCCCGAAUGUGCCACCAGUGGCUAGAAAUGGAGCAGCUGUUAAUGUUAUGGAAUCAUUAUAUUUGCUCUUCUUCCUCUCUGUUCUUGUUUUUAUACAACAUCUGAGGAUUUAAUUUAAGAUUCAUAAUGAAAUUCUUUGUGUUCUUGAAUCUGAUUGUGGUGUUAUAGAUUGCAUACCAGAGUCAAUGGUGGCAUGAGCAUGUGUAUAGAAAUGUAAAUAGAUAGACACUGUUCUUGUUA